CCAACAAAUUGAGGAAAAAAUAGUGAAAAAAACCGAAUAAAAAACGAGGAAAACCCCAACGCGAAAGUUUUCUCACUAACUAAGGGAUUUGUCUGCAUGGUGGAGAGUAUUGUGGGUCAAGGUCAAGAGCUGACAGAGGGCCCCCUUCAUAAUUGAUAGCGAACUCGCUUAGAAACGUGAUCCAGACCGAGUCUUAGGCAGCUUCGAGUACGUAUUUUCCUGGUGCCCCUGUGUCCUGUGUUGUCUGUCCUGCCUAGUGCUAAGUCAGAAUGUUUGAGCCUCGAUUAGAGCCGAUUUGUGGCAGUUGAAAGUCGUUUCCAGCGCGGCAAUAAGAAAAGCACACACACACGCACACACACAUAUACACAUACAACCACCCAUCCAACCACACAGUGACACGAUACUUUUUUUGCUGGUGUGAGUGUGUGUGUGUUUUUUUAAUGUAGUGUGCGCGCGUACGUUCGCGUGUGUGUGUGUGUGUGAGUAGGUUUUUUCCGUGUUUCUGAAGAAUGCAAAUAAACGGUGUCGCUGCCGGACCCACGAUGGCCGCAUCAGAGCCACCAGAGCCACCGCCGCGCAAUCCGGAUCGCAUAAAUGCCUCACUGCACAAGCUCAGCGAAUCCAAAAUUGUUAAAUCACUGGACUCGAGUCUGAUCAAGGAGAAGUCCGUCUCCGUUAACAACAAUAAGCCUAUACGGCCGCUGCUCUCUCUGGAUAACUCUGUAACGGCCUCCACAUCAGCGGCAGCCGCAGCGACAGCAGCAGGAGCAGCAGCAGCUGGAGCUGGAGCUGGAACAGUGGGCGGAGCCCCUGUCAAGCCAUCGCCCCUGGUACUUACCAGCAAGCGAGACCUCACGCCCAGCAACGACAGCAGCUCCUCGCCGGCCAGCUCGAAUGGCAGCAAUCAGACACUUACGCCACCCAUGACCAACGACAACCAGCAGCAGCAGCAGCAGCAGCAGCAGCAUCGACCACCAUCAUAUCCUGGGAAGAGCGAGGUCGUCGGUCUGCCACAGCCACAAUUGCCGAAUGGCCUCGGAGGCACGGCCAAUGCGAACUCUAUCCCCGGCCCAGCCAUGAUCCAUGCGAAUAACUCAAAUUUAAUUGCCGCUGGUCACCUGGCACAGGGAGUUGCCGUCUCCUCCAGCUCCACUUCGACGUCCGCCGCCAACAGCUCCUCCGGCGGCAGUGCACUAAAUGCGGAAUCCGGCAUGAAGCUGCGAGAGGAGAACGAUCGUCUCAGUGCGGAGCUGGUUCGCUUGCGUCGACUGCUCGAGCUGUCCACAGACGGGGCCGUCGGCGGCGUGGAUCCCACAGAGGCAGAUGCUCGGGGCAAUAAUGGAACAGCCGCACAGGAUCGCAUUGAACGCCUGGAGUCGGAGCUGCGUACGGUCAAGAAUCAGCUGCUGACCAUGCGGCUGGAGCGGAAGAAACUGCGAACUGACAAAUCCGAUCUGCUGGGACAGGUGAAACAGCUGUGCGCCUCGCUGCAGGAGAAGGAACAGGAGCUGCGCGACUUUAUCCGCAACUUCCAGGAGCGGGUGCGGGAGUCGGAGACUACAAAUGCCAAGAUCUCGGGCGAUCGAGAUCGGGAGCGCUUCCAGCUGCUCAAGCAGGCCCGGGAUGAGGCCGAGCGCUCACUAGCCCUGGCCCAGCAGCUCUCGGCUCGUGACCUGCAGCUGCAGCGACUUCAGGAGCAGCUCCAGGAGGCGCGUCGCCAACUCACAGGCUGCCUCUCCGACCAGGAGAGUCUCCACUCGUUUGCCCCACUGACUCCGCCCUCAGCGGCCUCUGGCAUGCUCAGCCAGAUGGCAUCCGGCUCUGGCAUGGGUGGAGUACUGGGCGGCCUUCGCGGCACAGCCGACGACAGUGGCCGCGGCAACUCCCUGUCGGCAUUCAGUGGCAGCCUGAGCGGCGGAUCCGGGGCAACAGCAGGCGAUCGAAACUCGUGCUCGAAUGACUCGGGUCUGCGGAACAGCAGCGACCGGGAAAGCACUGGCGGAGAGUUGAACUUCAGCGAUGGCACCUGCGACAAUGGACCGUGCAUCACCGUGGAUCCCGACAGCAUUUCUCUCGUCUCCAGCCAGAACAUGUAUCAAUUUGGAACGCCCAAAGAACGAAGCCCCACAUUGUCGCCCUUGAACUCGGCUGCCUACUCCAGAUCCGUGGAGCAGCUGGGCUCGCCGGUGGACCCCGAUGGCCCAGGAGGGGCUGGAGCCAUAACCCGGAAAUUUGCCUGUGCCACAAAGAGUGGACCGUUGGGAGCACGCAACGGUCGUGGGGGAACCUGGGGCAGCAUAUCGCGUGUGUUUGCUCGAUCCCGCAACAAGAACAAGGCCCUGUCCGCCGAUGGAGUGACUGAAUACACCGACUACUCGUGGAAUCCGCUUUCUGAGGAGGGAUAUGCCGACAAGAUACGGCUGCUGCGCGAGGCUUCUCAGUUGCCCAUGGAGCGCUGGCGGGCCACCCAGGUGCUGGCCUGGUUGGAGGUGGCCCUGGGCAUGCCCCAAUAUAGUGGCCGCUGUGCGGAGAACGUAAAGAGCGGGAAGGUUUUGCUGGAGCUGAACGACAUCGAGCUUGAGGCCGGUCUUGGCCUGGCCCAUCCCAUGCAUCGCAAGAAGCUGCGUCUGGCCAUCGAGGAGCAGCGACGACCGGAACUAGUACGGUAUCCACUCAUCACCCAACUGGGCCACACCUGGGUGGCCUCCGAAUGGCUGCCGGACAUUGGAUUGCCGCAGUACGCGGAGCCGUUCCUGCAGUCCCUCGUCGAUGCUCGCAUGCUGGACACGCUGUCCAAGAAGGAGCUGGAGAAAUUUCUGGGCGUGACCCGCAAGUUCCAUCAGGCCAGCAUUGUGCAUGGCAUUCACGUGUUGCGCAUCGUGAAGUACGACCGCCAGACGCUGGCCAUGAGGCGCGUGCAAUCCGAGACGGUGGACACGGACCCCAUUGUUUGGACAAAUCAGCGCUUCAUACGCUGGGUUCGAUCCAUCGACCUGGGCGAGUACGCCGAUAACCUGAAGGAUAGCGGCGUUCAUGGCGGACUCGUCGUGCUGGAGCCAUCCUUCUCGGGCGAUACUAUGGCCACGGCUCUGGGCAUUCCCCCAUCCAAGAACAUAAUACGACGACAUCUGAACACGGAAUUCGAUGCCCUCAUUUUGCCAGCAAGAGCGACUCUGGGUCAAGGCAUCCGUUCAGGUUGCGGCGUAGUGCCCCUGACUGGACCCGGCGGACUGCAGCACUAUGCCACAACAGACCGCCGCUCGAGCGGCAGCCUCAGGAUUUCGGCAUGGAAAGGAUCUCAGAGCUCUCUUUCCAAAGCCUUUCGGUUCAAUACUAAACCCCAUCGCGCCGGCGAUCGCAGCUCCUUCGGCAACUCCACCUCCCCAACGCCUUCGUACAGCAGCAGCGAGGGCGGUGGAGGAAUAUACGCUACCAUAGGCUCGCUCCAUCAUCAGCAACAGCAUCAUCAUCAGCAGCAGCAGCAGCAACAGCAGCACUAUCAUCACUUUCUGCCGCCUCCAACCACAGCUCCACCGCCGAUUCCCAUGGCAGGUGGCAGCAGCAGUAACUACAGUCAUGGUCCGCCGCCGGGCCACCGCGUGAGUGCGCCGCCCACUGGCAGCGUGCUGGAUGGGAGCGGAGUGGAUGCACAGCUACUCUACGAGCAGAGUCGACGACGCGUGAAAAGCAUCAGUGACAUCGGAGCGUCGACCAGUGCGGGCAGUGUGGGAGCGUGUAGUCUGGGCGGCAUAUCAGGUUCCUCGGAGUCGCCCGAAUGAGAAUGGGAGCCGUAUCAGAGCUAGCUAGACAGCAACAACCAAAGAUACUCAGCUGUAUUCCCAUUCCCUUAAUAGUCCCUUCUUACCUGUUCAUCCCCAAUUUAUGUAGUGUCCCUUUCCUUUCUGGAUUCGAGCUUAGAUUCCAAAGAAAACCAAAAACGCGAAUUCUAUUGUAUUAAAGUCAAGUGUCAGACCCACCUUAAGGAUACAAGCAUACAAGAAUCAACAAUUAAAGAUACAUAUAUACCUAUGUCAAGAUACAAAUAAACGAGUAAGCAUUUGAUCAAAUCAGCUAGAGCUACGAACUAAGAGUAUAUGCUAAAUAUGAUUCCAUAUACAUACAUAUACUCACUAGAGAUAAUGUAGGCUAAGAUCAAUCCCUCUCGAAAGCGAAUCCACGCCAACACGCCCCACUAAACAACCCAAAUAAACUUGGAUAGUUUAAUUAUAAUUAUUCGUGUAUAACUCUAAUCUAAUGGUAAUUGUAACUGUAAAGCUAGCUUUAAAUUGAUCUACAAAUGUAAUCCUGCGCUGGAGCACUGCCACACCUUCAACUUGCGGAGUGUUCUGGCGACUGGAAAUGAGCAGCCACAGAAGCGGACUCGUAUUUGAUGCAUGCGAUGGAUGUAAUUACAAUUUAGAUAAAUUGAAAUUAUUUUGUAACCGAACCUAUCGUAGCUAAGCAAAUGAAAAUGGAAACUAUUGAAAUAAAUUUGAUAAACUGCAAAAUAGAAAACUGAUACUGAGGAAUAAGUAUCCUUUAAUAUUGCAUGAUAAUGAUCAAAAACAAGUAAAGUACAGAAACAAAAUCAAAUGCAAUGCAAACGCACUCCACUCCCCAUACCCUCGCACCACCAAAGAAAGUAAUGUCAGCCUGCUACACAGCCCAAGCUAUCAGAUAUCGAAAUAUCCCAGAAAGAGAACGGUAUUAAUAAGCAGACCAAUUUAACUCUAGUACUAUGACAAAGAAACUAUCGAAUAAACCAAUGAUCAAAACUCUGUUGUAAA